AUGUCUCAUCUGAUCCUUGAAUUACCAAGAAGAUGGCAGAAGGCGAACACGGUCAGAGGUUUUGCCUUAACCAAAGAAAGGUUUCAAUUCGUGUUCAUGCAUGAACACGAUCUUAAUGAAAUCCUUGAUAAAGGCAUUCAGACUUUUGAUGACUGGGGUCUUGCUAUUGAGAGAUGGGUUGAACGGCCGUCGUCUGGUUUUCUUCAAUACGUCUCAAUCUGGGUUCGGAUCAGCAAUAUCCCUGUCAAUCACUACACCAAAAAAGCUAUCUCUGAUCUUGGAGAUCUUGUUGGUCAUGUAGAAGAAGUUGCUUUUGAUCCUGAUAAACCCCAAAGACAGAGUUAUGUGCGGGUUAAAAUUCGUUUUCAUGUCUCGAAGCCUUUAAAAAAGACAAGGAUUAUAAACCUUCCUGGUGGAGAUCAAACCACGAUCAACUAUUACUAUGAAAGGGUUCAGAUGCGAUGUCACCACUGUCAAAGAUUAACACAUGCAAAGCCAAGAUGCCCCUUUCUCAACAACUCUGAAGGAGCAAGUGAACGUAUCUCACCAUGCAUGUCUAUAUCUCAGACUCCUAAAACGUUUCAGGUCCUCUCUGAAACUGAUCCUCUCUUUGGAGUUUUAAAAGAGGAUCAAGUUGGAAUCAACCCCAUCUCUGGCCGGCCGCGAAUUGCUCCUGAGAUUCUGCAAGAAAUGCGUAAUUACUUGCUUGCCUCCAGUAAUGAAGAUCGUCAUGUCCGCGAGCAGAGGGUCAUUUCCUCAGUUAAAGAAGCUGAACAGAAUCCUAUCACACAGAGGUCUACCCUUCAGCUCCUUCCCCCUCCUGUCUUUACUAAAGAUCUUGAUAAGGGAAAAGGUUUAGUCUUUGGGUACGAUAAAGAAGACCUCACUUUGAAGUCUCUCUUCUCAAGCUCGCAACCUAAGCUUAUGGCUUCGGCAAUAGCAGCGGGGAGUUCUAUAAUAAACCCUACAACAAACGUCUUCUGUCGCUUGACUCUGCAAAAUCCUCAAGCCUCUAUGUUCCUACCGUCAAGCUCUCAGACACAACAGCCUAGCUCUCAGACACAACAGCCUAGCUCUCUGUUUCAACAGUCAAACUCUCCUCUAAUCUUCUCAGCUAAGGCGCCAAUCACUAAGGUUUAUAGUAAAAGGAAGCCCGGAAGAUAUAGAAAGGUUCAGAGAACUCAGAAAAAAUCUCAGGAAGUAUCAGAGGUCUCUGGUGACUUGGCACGACCAGAAGGAAACUCGCAGAAGAAGAGGAAGGCAGAAGGUGAUUUGGGAGGUGCAUCCAAAGCUGCUAAGAGCAAUGCAUCAUUGAUGGUCCCGCGUGAGGGACCGUCCAACGCCUAA